AUGGCAAAAGAACAAAUUCAGGUGCUGAAUGCACUUGAUGGAGCAAAAACACAAUGGUACCAUUUCACUGCAAUCGUCAUUGCUGGAAUGGGCUUCUUCACUGAUGCAUAUGAUCUAUUCUGCAUCUCCCUUGUUACGAAGUUGCUUGGCCGCAUUUACUACCACGUUGAUGGCUCUCCAAAGCCCGGUUCAUUGCCUCCCAACGUAGCUGCUGCUGUAAAUGGUGUAGCUUUCUGUGGAACACUUUCAGGGCAACUUUUCUUUGGUUGGCUUGGAGAUAAGAUGGGUAGAAAAAAAGUGUACGGCAUGACUCUGAUGAUGAUGGUAAUAUGCUCCAUUGGUUCUGGCCUUUCAUUUGGACAUAGUCCAAAAUCUGUCAUGGCAACUCUUUGCUUCUUUCGGUUCUGGCUUGGAUUUGGUAUUGGUGGAGACUACCCACUUUCUGCCACUAUAAUGUCCGAGUAUUCUAGUAAGAAGACUCGUGGUGCCUUCAUUGCUGCAGUCUUUGCCAUGCAGGGUUUUGGAAUCUUGGCAGGCGGUAUAUUUGCCAUUAUAAUUUCAGCUAUAUUCAAGGCCAGGUUUGACUCUCCACCUUAUCAGGUUGAUCCAGUUGGCUCGACUGUUCCACAAGCAGACUACGUUUGGAGGAUAAUUGUUAUGGUGGGAGCACUUCCCGCCGCAUUGACAUACUACUGGCGAUUGAAGAUGCCAGAAACCGCUCGUUACACCGCACUAGUCGCCAAGAACAUGGAGCAAGCGGCAGCAGAUAUGUCUAAGGUUAUGCAGGUUGAGAUUCAAGCUGAACCAAGGAAACAAGAUGAGACAGAGGCUAAUUCAUAUGGCUUGUUCUCAAAGCAAUUCCUCCAUCGCCAUGGACUACAUCUACUUGGUACAGCAAGCACAUGGUUCUUGCUUGACAUUGCAUUUUAUAGCCAAAACCUUUUCCAGAAGGAUAUCUUUAGUGCAAUUGGUUGGAUUCCUCCUGCAAAAACCAUGAAUGCCCUUGAGGAGGUUUACAAGAUUGCAAGAGCUCAAACACUUAUUGCUUUGUGCAGUACGGUUCCAGGCUAUUGGUUUACGGUGGCUUUUAUUGAUAUCGUUGGAAGAUUUGCUAUUCAAUUGAUGGGUUUCUUCUUUAUGACUGUCUUCAUGUUUGCUCUUGCCAUUCCUUAUGACCACUGGACUCACAAGGAUCAUCGAAUAGGAUUCGUAGUGAUGUAUUCCUUGACCUUCUUCUUUGCAAAUUUUGGGCCCAAUGCUACCACAUUUGUCGUCCCAGCUGAAAUUUUUCCUGCAAGAUUCCGAUCCACAUGCCAUGGAAUUUCAUCGGCAGCAGGGAAACUUGGGGCUAUUGUUGGUUCAUUUGGGUUCUUGUAUUUGGCACAAAACAAAGACAAGAGCAAAGCAGAUGCAGGAUAUCCAGCAGGUAUUGGUGUGAAGAAUGCACUGCUUAUUUUAGGUGUGAUUAACGUAUUAGGCUUCUUAUUGACUUUCUUAGUUCCUGAGGCAAAAGGAAAAUCUUUGGAAGAAAUGUCAGGUGAAAAUGAUGAAGAAAGUGAAACCAGGGAAGUGUCAGAGCAACCAUAUUCUCACAACAACGGCAAAACUGUUUCCUAUGUUUAA